CCCGUCUCGGUUUCCACUCCUUCCUUCUCAUAGUUACUUCCUGCUUGAUUUGUGGAUUUAGGGAAAAAAAUAUUUCAUAACAAGAUGACAUCGAUCAAGUGAAUGCAGGAAGAUUGAAGAAAGCGAACAUGGCAGAGUCGUCAGAUUCAGAAUGCCUGGACCACAAGCUGAGACAGGAGAUGCAGCAAUGUGUGGAACAGCUGACAACAAGUGGCAAACCAGUACUUAAUGCAAACACCAUGAAAAAAUUCAAAAGUAUCUGCAAAAAGUCAGAUAUGUACGUCAAAGAAGCUUAUCAUAUGCUGAUGACCCAACUGGAGAAAGAACACUCGGAAAUAAGACUGUCUGCAUUCCAGAUGAUAGAUGAACUCUUUAAUCGGUCACAUGCAUUCAGGGAGUUACUACUGUCAGACUUACAAACUUACCUGGAACUAACAGUCGAGAUUGACUUUGAUCAACCACUACCUCCACCUAAAGCUGCGGCCAACACAUUGAAAACCUCAGCUCUCAGGGCCAUCCAGCAGUGGAAUGAUAAGUUUGGAGAGGCUUACAAGAAAUUGUCCCUCGGGUUUAACUUUCUACAGAAAUGCAAAAAGGUAGAUUUCAAUGGAAUUAGAGCGAGGGGUGAAGCAGAACAAAGAAGAGAGAGGGAGCGAGCCGAAAGACAACAGAGAAUUAACCAGGACAGAAUAAACAAAGUCCUCAGGGACAUCGAAGAAACUUUACCCGAUAUCAAGACCUGUCUCACAGAAGUGGAAAACUGUUUUGCCAUACUUCUCCCUACCCCCGAAGACUUCUUCCUGGGGAUUGAAUCAGAUAAAACUGAUAAAGAAACCAAGGCUUGCUCCUCUACUUCAGAAAACCAGGAAAAAAUAAAGACCCAUACACAGAAGUGUGGACAUUGUGGAAAUACUGAUGUGACAUCUACCUACAGGGAUUGUGAAGAAUGCUUAAAAAACAGAAAGGAUUCAGACAAUGUUGUAGGCAAACAUUUAAAUCAGCUUAGGACUGAUACAGAGGUGAAAUGUAAGAUGAAGGAUAAAUCAGGAAACGAGUUAAAUACAAAAAUCAACAAAAAUCAAGACUCUGGAGAAAACAUUGAAAAUGAACCACAAAGUGUCCAAGAUAAUCUCAGGAAUGAAACAAGUAUGGAAGGGAAAGAUAGUGAUUCUCAAACAGUGGAAAAAUCUGACACAGAGGAUCAGGCUGGAAGAGAAUCAUCUGAUGACGAGGAUUCCAAUGAUUCUGACGAUGAUAACUUGGAGGAGGUGGGAGAGUUUGUACAGGAGCACGGCCUAAGGAACCACCAGUACAGUAUAGCUAUAGACAUACAGAGUGGUCCGGUAAAACUGGAGGAGAACGAGGACAAUCUACCUCUGUUAACCACGCUAAAGGACCACUACCGACUGAUCAGUACUAAACACCAGCCCAGUGUCACACGCUGGCUACAGAUACUGUCAAAACAUGGAGGUAAAGAGGAAGACAUAAAAAGAGUCAUUGACCUCAAAUCUCAGCUUCAGCAAACGAAGACUCAGUUUUAUGAUCUGAAAGUGAUACCCCUAGAGGAGCAAACCAAAAAUGGAGAUGAUGACUCUGAUGAUGAGUUUGAAGACGUGCCAGAGAAAGAAGGAUUUGAAGCAGACGUUCCUGAACUUCUCAAGAAAGAUUCAGCAUCUGGGUCCGCCUCCACAAGCAAGAAACCCACUUCUUCCUCCAAGAAGCCAGCAGCCACAGUUACCAGUGCAUCAAUCAAACCCAGCACCUCAGGUAUUGGGGCCAAGCGGACAUUUGUGAAGGCCUCCUGGAGCAUUCAGAAUGAGUUACUGGAGCAUGAUGAGAAAGAUCCCACAGCCAUGAUCGCCAACCUCAAGAAAAUCAAAGCUGAGGCUGAGAGUAAAAGCAACACCGAACCAGCUACAGGUAGCACAUCCACAGCUAAAGGCACGAAGAACACCUCCAGUCGUAAGGACAAGUUGCUGAGCAGUGCUCCCCUGGUUCCAUUUGGAGUGGAUCUGGAACACUGGGAAAAUCCAGAUAAGAUCCAGGCUCCAGAGAUUGUCAAGUAUGAUUCACUUCACCGAUUCUGGACUGCUUCUGAUGUUGAACACUGUAAAACUGAUAAUAGCAGCAUUGGUGAACUGACCAAGAGGGCUAUUCCUUUUGCAAUUUUUAAAUUGAAAUGGAAGUGUAGAUCAACAUUUCCCAAUGGAAGUUUGUGUUGUCCUUUCCAUGGUAAAAUUAUUGCCAGAGACGAGUAUGGAGUCGCAUACAUGUGUAAUGAGAGAAAUCAAGACAAGCCAUCCACCAGUUCUCAGGGUUUACUAGAGGAGGGAGUGAGUGACUGGCAGGAUCCAGAACUACAGGCUGAUAUUGAGGCCGCUCUAGGGGUAGACUUAGGUUCUAAAAAAGGUAAAGGGAAGGGGAAAGGAAAGAAAAAGAAAGAACCCAAAUAUCCUAACCUAACGGACAUCAACAUUGUGGAAAACACGUCCCGGACAAGACUAGAGAAAAGAGUCCUCAAUAAGUCUGCUCUGAAAAGGGUGAAUAACGUGAUGGAUAACCUUGCCUACAAAAGAAUACGGGACAGAUUUGGAAACCAGUUCAACUACUCUUUGAAUUAACUCUUCAGAAAUGGAGACCAGAAUGUCUUAUAUACACUCAUCUGUUCACUACAGAACAUGUUAAUGCUAUAACGCCUGACUGUGAUCUAGAUCUAUAUUCUGUAUUUUUAUGGGAUAAAACAAACAAGUAUCUUAAUCUUAAAUGAUUUCUGUGCAAUAUAAUUGAUAUCAAAUGACUUUUAAUGAACAUAGUCAGUGUAAAUUAUCCUUUGAUAUGUGUGUAUAGUUGAUAUGUUUCUUUCUUUAACCACAGAAUGUGGUAGACACAUAUAUCUGUAUGUAACUGUAUUUAUUUAUAAAA